AUGUCCAUCAAAAAAGACGACCUCAUAACCACCAGCGAGAUUGACAGCGCCAGCUCUCAAAAAAUCGACUUGUCUGUUGACAAGCCUCUCACCAGAAAGGACAAGAUUUUGUCCCUUCUUUGGGACGGCUACAAAAAAGACCCAAGGGAGCAACGCUUCUUGCUGAAGCUGGACUUCUUCCUGAUGUCCAGUUCCAUGCUGGGAUACUUCAUCAAAAACCUGAACCAGUCGAACGUGACCACCGCGUACGUUAACGGUAUGAAGGAGUACUAUGCUAUGGAUCAAAAUCAGUAUAACUACAUGAUCACUCUGUGGACAGUUGGAUACACCCUUGGUGCCAUUCCCUCCAACAUAAUUUUGCACAGGGUUUCCGCCCGGUACUAUCUUGGAGGACUGGAGAUUAUUUGGGCUGUGCUGACGCUUUUGAUGGUUGCCUGCGGACCAGACAAAAUCAACGGUAUAUACGCCAUUCGGUUCUUGAUGGGCUUCUUAGAGGCAGGAUACUUUCCUGGCCUCGAGUAUCUUCUUGGUUCGUGGUUCAGUCCUGGUGAGCUUUCAAAGAGAUCGUCGUACUUUGCGUGCUCCGGUAUUGCUGCCAGUAUGAUAUCUGGCCCUCUUCAGGAAUCAAUCCUGAAAGGCUUUUCAGAGUCCAAGCUGGAGCCAUUCAAGUGGAUGUUUGUGUUUGACGCUGUGAUUUCGGUUCCGGUUGGAAUCUACACCAUGUUUGUGGACCCUAACACUCCUUCCACCACCACUGCUUUCUAUUUGAACGAGACAGACAAACAGGUCGCAGUGGAGAGACGUCGCCAGAUGAAGGCAGAGCUCAAGACCAGACACAAAUACAACUGGGCCCGUAUCAAGGAGUUCUUUGGAACCUGGCACAUCUACGUGUUCCCGGUUCUGUUCCUGUGCUACAACAACACCUGUGCUGCCAUCAGUCAGCCAACCUUCACCACCUGGAUGAAACAAGACCUCAAGUUGCCAUCCAGCCAGUAUAACACAUAUCCGUCCAUCUUGUAUGGUGCCGGUAUUGCGCUCACCCUUGUGUUCUCGCAUGUCCACGAUUACUUUGGCGGAACCUAUAACUACGUUCUUGUUGGGCUCUACUUUGUGAUGAUGAUUAUUGGAAGCUCUAUGCUGGCAGCGUGGGACAUUGCUCGUCCUGCCCACUGGGCAGCUUACUUCAUUGUCGGUAUGCCGACCGCUUGGGGACAGCCUCAGAUUUUCUCCUGGGUGAACCGGCUGCUCUUUGGCAACGAUAUGAAGAGAAACUUCACAGUGGUGUGCACCAACACUCUGGCCUACGUGACGGGUGCAUGGGUGCCUAUUUUGGUGUGGAAUGCUCAGGACGCUCCAAGAUACCCAAUCGGUUUUAGAUAUAACGCCGGCCUGGCAAGUCUGGGACUUGUGAUGACGGUGACUGCCUGGUACUUCACCGCGAGAGACGCCAAGAGAAAGGCGCUGCUGGAGUCGCAGCCGGACGAGGUUGAGCCCGCUCACCUGGUCUCGUCAAGCUCUCUCUAA